AUGGUGAUGAGAUCAUCAGUUAUGGAGAAGACGACAUCAUGGGAUCAUCAAUUUAGUACGACAGAACCUCCGAGCCGAGAUUUCCAUGCACAUGCAGCCACGUUUCAGAAAGUUUACAAUGCUUUCCGAACCAGAAGACACCUUGGAGACUGUCGCCUCAUUGUCCAAGAUUUAUGGUGGUGCGCGACACACUUUGGGGUUCUUAGACAAAGUUCGGUGACAUUCUUUGACGCCGCCGGGAAGCCGGAAACCGCCGUGGCGCGGUGGGCACGGCUCAAGUCUAAAGCGUCGAAGCUUGGAAAGGGGUUGUCCAAAGACAAAGAGGCAAAACCAUUGUAUCUUAAGCACUGGCUAGAGGCUGUUGAUCCACGCCAUCGAUAUGGCUGCAGUUUAAACUUGUAUCACGACGUGUGGGUCGAUAGCCCCACCACGCAGCCUUUCUUCUAUUGGUUAGAUAUCGGAGAUGGUAAGGAAGUAAAUCUGGAGAAAUGUCCGAGGAGUGAACUACAGCGUCAAUGCGUUAAAUAUUUAGGACCAAGAGAGAGGGAAGAAUAUGAAGUAAUAUUGGAGGAGGGGAAGAUGAAGUACUCAAGAAAUGGAAGUUUUGUGGACAGCAUUGAGGGCACAGAAUGGAUAUAUGUUCUUAGCCCAGAGAGAGUAUUGUACGUGGCACAAAAGGAAAAGGGCCGUUUUCACCACUCCAGUUUUCUCGCAGGAGGAGCCGCCAUUGCAGCUGGAAAAUUGCUUGUCUCUAAUGGAGUAAUUAAGGCUGUAUGGCCAUAUAGUGGCCAUUACAGGCAACCAGAAGAGAACUUUCUGUUCAUUGGCUUCCUUGUGGAACACCAUAUUGACCCUAGCAGUUUCAAGACCUACACUUUCAACGGUGAAGAAAGAGUUAUGCCAAGUACGUUUUGUGACAUGUUUGUUACGAAGAAAGAAACUGAUGGUGCGACAAUGUCAAAACAAACAAGUCUUAAAGAAGCAGAUGGAAGGGAGAUAACUAAUCCGAGUAACCGUGCUUGAAGUGCAUGAACAUAAGCAUUAUGCAGUAACC